AUGUCCAACACAAAUUAUCCCUUCCACGAAUCGCGUCCCAACUUUAAGGAUAAAUUAGCAGAACUCCCUCAGAACUUACCAAAAUAUACGACAAAUUAUGUGAAAUCCUUAUUUCCAAUUACAAGUUGGAUAGGACGCUAUAACCUAACUUGGUUAAUAGCCGACUUGAUUGCCGGUCUGACGGUUGGUGCAGUAGUAGUUCCGCAAGGAAUGGGCUAUGCCAAAGUUGCCAACUUAGCCCCUGAAUUCGGUCUAUAUACAUCUUUUGUUGGUGUUUGCAUUUACUUUUUCUUCGCCACAUCGAAAGACAUAACCAUCGGUCCAACAGCUGUAAUGUCACUAUUGUUGGGACAAACUGUCCAGAAGAUCCAGACCGAGUAUCCUAAACAUUACGCCAAUAUUGACUAUAUAACCGCUUUAACAUUAGUGGCCGGUAUUGUUUCUGCCGCUCUCGGCUUUCUGCGUCUGGGAAUUAUUGUUGAUUUCAUUCCAGGUCCUGUAAUCGCUAGCUUCAGUACUGGUUCAGCUAUCACUAUUGCAAUUGGUCAAAUUUACAAUUUAAUGGGCAUAGCAAACAUUGACAACAAACAAGCCGGAUAUUUGGUCCUGGGUAAAACUCUUGGCGCACUGGGCACAACUAAAAUCGAUGCGGUAAUGGGAAUACUCUCAUUAUUAUUCUUAUACGGAAUCAAGUAUGCAUGUCGGCAUGCUGGAAAAAGAUGGGCAAGAUAUGAGCAUACUUUUUUUAUCAUCUCGAUUAUGCGAAACAUCUUCAUCAUUGUUUUGACAACGAUAAUCGCAUAUAUAAUCAAUAUUGGAAAAAAAACAAGUCCAAUCAGUAUUUUAAAGACUGUCCCGAAAGGUUUUAGUCAUGUUCAAGUGCCACCUUUAAAUAGUGAGGUUAUAGAUCACAUCUCAAGUUAUAUUCCGAUUAUCGUCGUUAUCUUGAUUUUGGAACACGUCGCAAUUGCCAAGAACUUCGGACGAGUUAACGAUUAUAAAAUCAAUCCAAGUCAAGAAAUGAUCGCAAUCGGUGUCACAAAUAUUGUCGGACCAUUCCUUGGAGGUUACGCUGCCACCGGUUCUUUCUCACGCACAGCUAUUAAAUCAAAAUCUGGUGUACGAACUCCACUUGCGGGUAUUUUCUCCGGUAUUCUGGUCGUGUUUGCUUUAUUCUUUUUGACACCCGCUUUCUAUUAUAUUCCGAAUUCUUCGCUCGCAGCUGUGAUUAUUCAUGCUGUAUUAGAUUUAAUAUCACCAUGGAGUUACGUUAAAACUUUAUACCAAAUUCAAUUCUGGGAUUUCACGAUAUACGUCGUUGGCGUGUUAUUAACCUUCUUUACCAGCAUUGAAAUUGGCGUCUAUGUAUCGACAGGAUUGGCACUUUUAGUUCUUCUAGUUCGAGUUGCGCGACCCCGAAUUGAAGCAUUAGGACGAUUACCAUUAGCAGGAGACGAAAAUCAAACAAAAUAUGCUUACGUCCCAUCUACUCAUCCAUCAUUCACUGCAGCCUCAAAUCCACCAGAAGGUGUACUCAUAUUCCGACUCCCCGAGUCACUUACCUAUCCAAACUCUAACUACAUUGACGACAAGGUUAUCGGAUACGCAAAGAAACAUACUCGACGAUAUCAUGUUCGAGCCGAAAAAAAAGGAGAUCGACCAUGGAAUGAUUCAGGUGAAAAUGGUACUGAAAAUCAAAACGCACCAAGAUUACGCGCGAUUAUAUUCGACAUGGGGGGUGUUAAUGCGAUUGACUCAACGGGCAUCCAAUCGCUGUUUGAUAUUCGAAAGGAGUUGAAUAAAUAUGCAGACCAUAUUGUUGAAUUUCAUUUCGCCAAUAUUUUGAAUGAAAAUAUUCAGAAUGCGCUCUUGACUGGUGGAUUUGGAGUAAUAAAUGUAUCCGCUGAUGAUUUAUCCGAAAAGAAUGAAAAGGAAAAUGGCGAUCAAAAAAUCAAAGAUGAAGAAAAAGCACAAUCUCUAUAUAAACCUGCAAAAAAAUUCUUCCAUUUGACAUUAGAUGAGGCCGUUGAUGCUGCCACAAAUUCCGAAUGGAAAUAA